AUUUCGGAGAAGGUCUAUGCUAGGAACGUUGAAUUCGAAGGUGUUCAGUACAUCGGCCAUCUGAGGAACACGCCCGGUGGCAACCAAGAUUUCCUUUUGUUUGAUCCAAGCCUCUCGACAUCCAUCUACAGCUUGUACAUUGCAAGCGACAAUCUCUGUAUCCGUUGCUUGGUCUUCGUCGACUCGUCGAAACCAUGUACGAUUGAACAAGAAAUUGGCCUAUGGUGGAAAGCCGUUAAAUUGGAAGACAUUGGCGGCCUCAUUCAGAUCCGCAGUGACGUGAGCUUCGGUAUACCGCAGCGAUUCUAG